AUGGGGAAGCCGGCGAAUGCGUGGAUGGGAAUGCAGAAGAAGAAAUGGUCUUUGAUGGUUCUGGCGCUGUUUUCUCUCUCCACUGCCAUGGUUUUCUUCAUGAGAACUGCGUUUGAUUCAUGCAACGCAAACACCAGCAGUAGUUUCGAGGAAGGAAGAGAUAGAGCCAGUGAGGUGGUUCACUCAGCAGGUCGAGCCGGGAGCGGCGGGCCGAGCCCUCUGGAUUUCAUGAAGUCCAAGCUGGUUCUCUUAGUUUCCCAUGAGCUCUCUCUUUCUGGGGGUCCUUUAUUAUUGAUGGAGCUAGCGUUCUUGUUAAGAGGAGUGGGAGCUGAGGUUGUUUGGAUAACAAACCAGAAACCAGAGGAGGCUGAUGAGGUCAUUUACAGUUUGGAGAAUAAAAUGCUGGACCGAGGAGUACAGGUCUUCCCUGCAAAGGGCCAAAAAGCUAUAGAUACAGCUCUGAAGGCUGAUUUGGUUGUUUUAAAUACUGCUGUUGCUGGAAAAUGGCUCGAUGCCGUUCUCAAGGAAAAUGUUCCUCAUGUUCUUCCAAAGUUGUUGUGGUGGAUUCACGAAAUGCGAGGGCAUUAUUUCAAAGUGGAGUAUGUUAAGCAUCUCCCUUUUGUUGCAGGUGCCAUGAUAGACUCGCAUACAACAGCAGAAUAUUGGAAGAACAGGACUCGGGAGCGUUUAGGGAUCAAAAUGCCAGAUACCUAUGUUGUGCACCUUGGAAAUAGCAAGGAGCUAAUGGAAGUUGCUGAAGAUAGUGUAUCCAGGAGGGUUCUUCGUGAGCAUGUCCGAGAGUCUCUUGGAGUGCGAAAUGAAGAUCUACUCUUUGCCAUCAUAAAUAGUGUUUCACGUGGAAAAGGUCAGGAUCUAUUUCUCCGUUCCUUUCACGAAAGUCUGCAAAUUAUCAAGGAGAAGAAAUUGCAGGUGCCAUCUUUGCAUGCAGUAGUAGUAGGAAGUGAUAUGAGUAAGCAGACAAAAUUUGAAACAGAGCUGCGCAACUUUGUGAUAGAGAAAAAAAUUCAGGAUCGUGUUCACUUUGUGAAUAAAACCCUGAAUGUAGCUCCGUAUCUGGCUGCAAUUGAUGUUCUUGUCCAGAAUUCUCAGGCCCGAGGAGAGUGCUUUGGAAGGAUAACUAUUGAAGCAAUGGCCUUUCAGCUGCCUGUACUGGGCACGGCAGCUGGGGGUACCAUGGAGAUUGUGGUAAAUGGCACAACAGGACUGCUGCAUCCUGUUGGUAAAGAAGGUACAACAUCGCUGAGGAAUAACAUUGUAAAAUUAGCCACACAUGUAGAAAGGAGGUUGACAAUGGGCAGGAAAGGAUAUGAGAGAGUGAAGGAAAGAUUUUUGGAACCGCACAUGGCACAAAGGAUUGCUUUGGUUUUAAGGGAGGUGUUGCAGAAAGCAAAGAGCCGCACCAAUUCUUAA